AUGAUGGAAGGAAGGACAAUCGACUAUAGGCCGGAUGGCGGAGGACUGGACUAUCAUAAUUCGCCACUAAUGGCAGAAAUACCUGUAGACAAUUAUUCGCAUAUCCAUAGAAGUAUAGAGCAUCUCAGGUCUAUAGGCGUGCCUCCGCCCCUGGACACACAUAGGCACCUAGCAGCAAAUCUAACUGACCUAAGAAGAUAUGAACAUCCCGAUGACAUGCCAGAAAUAAAGCCGUCCGUAUUAAGAUUAUCUGAAUUUAAGAAUGGUCUGCAAGACUUGAGAGGUCACAACGAUCAAGAGAACGACGUCCAGCGACACAUGACGCCGCACGACGAGGGACCAAAAGGCUACAGUGCACCGUCGACCCCGCUUUCAGAAAACGGUGGGCAAGGGCUUCCAGAGGAAAAGGUUUUCGGCUCUAAGGCGGAUCUGCAGCUGCAUACGCAAAUACAUCUUCGGGAGGCGAAACCUUACCGUUGCACCCAGUGUCCGAAGGCGUUCGCCAACUCUUCGUAUCUUGCGCAGCAUUCUCGCAUACACCUCGGUAUCAAGCCUUACAGGUGCGAGAUCUGCCAACGUAAAUUCACCCAGCUGUCGCACCUUCAGCAACACAUUCGCACCCAUACCGGCGAUAAGCCUUACCGAUGCACCCAAAUCGGGUGCACUAAGGCGUUCUCCCAGCUUUCCAAUCUCCAAAGCCACAGCCGCUGUCACCAAACAGACAAGCCGUUCAAAUGCAACUCUUGUUACAAGUGUUUUACACACGAGAAGGAUCUCCUAGAACACAUUCCUAAGCACAAAGAAUCGAAACACCUGAAGACGCAUAUUUGCCAAUACUGCGGAAAGAGUUACACGCAAGAGACUUACUUAAGUAAGCACAUGAAUAAGCACGCUGAACGAGCGGACAAGCGGCCGCCGAUAUCUGCUCUGGGUCUGAGCGGGCUCAAUAGAUCCCUGGCAGCGGCAGCCCCAACCGCAGCGCCGUUCGCUGACCACCCAUAUUGGCCGAAGGUAAGCCCCGACUCAGCCCAUAUGUCCGACGAGGGCGGCUACCACCAGCAACGGGAAGCUGAAGAGCACCACGAGCAGCAACUUCAACAACAGAGAGCUCUCUUCGCUCAGCACGAGAGCCAAGACGACCGUAUUCAGCCGCCGGUGUCUUCCGCUGCAAAUUCUGCGUUUACGCCGAUAAACUCGAUGGCGCCGCAUCUGAAUGGACUGUCACAUCACAGCGCCUUGCCGACACGACCUUACCUGUAUGACCCCUUACACUUCCAGCAGGGCAAGCAGCAACCUAACUCUUUCCCCAAUCAAUUGAUAUCUCUCCACCAGAUCAGAAAUUACGCACACCAACCUUCCCUCUUGCCCGCGGAACACAUUCUCCCACACGCCCUCUCUCACAAAGAUAAGCAGUAG